GUGAAGGUGAACAUGUCGGUAAUGGCUUCGUCAAGUUUGUUUAUGUGAAAUAGAGUAGUAUUAUAUUGUUGUUCCUAACGGUUAUUGGCAAUUAUGAAUGAAAAAAGUGUUAUACUGUCAGGUAAUACUGAUAACAGUACUGUAAGUGGAGCUAUGAUUAUUUCAGCUAAACAAAACAGAAAGGUUUUUGGAGUCAAACCAACUCCGCGGAAAAUCGGAAAUCAAAUUCCUGCUGAAAUACUGGAAAACCAAGAAUUAAAAUCAGCCAAAAAACUUUUACCAGACAAUUAUAAUUUUGAAAUUGAAAAGACAAUUUGGAGAAUUAAACAAGCAGGUGCCAAGUUAGUGGCAUUGCAAUUUCCCGAAGGACUUCUAAUGUUUUCACUAGCAAUUUCAGAUAUUAUUGAAAAAUUUACCGCAGCAGAAACUAUAAUUAUAGGUGAUGUCACAUAUGGUGCUUGUUGUGUGGAUGAUUUUUCGGCCAGAGCAUUGGGAGCAGACUUUAUGGUGCACUAUGGACAUAGUUGUUUAAUACCAGUUGAUGUAACAAAAGGAAUCAAGAUGCUCUAUGUUUUUGUUGACAUUAGAAUAGAUACGGUACAUUGCAUUAAUACGAUACAACAUAAUUUGAGCGCACAAACUUCUAUUGCAUUAAUUAGUACAAUUCAGUUUGUUUCAACACUUCAUGCUGUAGCAGCAGAUUUGAGAAGUAAGGGGUAUAGUAUUAAAAUACCACAGAGCAAGCCUUUGUCUCCAGGCGAGAUAUUAGGAUGCACUGCACCUAUUGCUAAAGAUGUUGAUGUGUUGAUCUAUCUUGGUGAUGGAAGGUUCCACUUAGAGGCUGCCAUGAUUGCAAAUCCGUCAUUGCAAGCAUAUAGAUACAAUCCUUAUGACAAAACAUUCACCCGAGAGCUGUAUGACUUUGACUCAAUGAAGAAAAUUAGAAAGGAUGCCAUACAAAUGGCAAGUGGAGCUGGAACCUUUGGUCUCAUUCUUGGCACAUUAGGUCGGCAAGGGAGUCCCAAGGUACUCCAAAAUCUACAAGAAAAACUGAAACAAAGUACCAAAGAAAGUGUGAUCAUUCUGUUAUCUGAAAUAUUUCCUGACAAGUUAAAAUUAUUUGAAGGAAUCGAAGCCUGGGUCCAGGUUGCGUGUCCAAGAUUGUCUAUUGAUUGGGGGUCAGCAUUUAAUAGACCUUUGUUGACUCCCUACGAAGCAAAUGUUGCAAUGAAUAAUGUUGAAUGGAAGGACAAUUAUCCCAUGGAUUUCUAUGCAACGGGGAGCUUGGGGCCAUGGACGCCGAAUCACAAACUGUCAGCAAGUACAAAAAACGAAAGCUGUGGCAAAUGUGCUAGUUGCGAAUGUAAAGAGAAAAAAAAGGAAUAAAAUUACCAUUACCUUUACGAAUUAAAACCUUAAUUUAAUUCUACUAAAGUAUUUAAUCUUAAAAAAACGUUUUUGUUCGGUUCCGGAUUCACAAACAAUGAUACAUAUUAAUUAGUUUUUCACUGUGUAAUAUAAGAGAAACA